AUGUCUUCCACCACACCCGCUGAUCGUGACAUUGUCGUCGUUGGUGCCGGCGUAAUUGGCCUCACAACCGCCCUAAUUCUUACCCAACGCGAUCCCUCCAUCGCUUCCCGCAUCCACCUCAUCGCACAACACUUCCCCGGGGACCACUCUAUCCACUACACCUCCCCAUGGGCAGGCGCCAACUUCUCCUCUGUCGCCGGUGCGGACGAGAACGCGAUCAGGUGGGAUCGCAUGACCUACCAGAAGUUGUGUGAGAUGGCCGCCGAUGAGAAGAUUAGCAAGGAGGCUGGGAUCAGGUUCAUUCCGGGAAGGGAGGUCUGGGAUGAGGAUGUGUUACCGGAUAUGGCGAAGAUGGAGAGUUGGUCGAAAUAUGUCCUGGAUUACAAAGUCGUCCCAAAGAACGAGCUCCCAGAAGGAACAGCGUUCGGGAUAACCUUCCGCUCACUCGUCGUCAACCCCGCCAUUUACCUCCCCUACCUCCUCUCCCGCCUCACCUCCCUCGGCGUCACCACAAGCCGCACCACCCUCCCCUCCAUUACCGCCCCCUUUACCAUCUACCCCGCGACCAAGGUCGUCAUUAACUGCACCGGAGUGAGCGCGCAGACCUUGAAGGGCGUCGAAGACAAGAAAAGCUAUCCCACGAGGGGGCAGGUCGUCAUGGCCCGGGCUCCGCACGUAUGGGAAACCGUUUCGAGACACAGGAAGCAGUCGAUUACGUAUAUUAUUCCGCGUCCGUACUCGAAUGGUACCGUUACGCUCGGAGGGUAUAUGCAGAAAGGGGUCGCCACGCCCGAUACUUUCGCCUCUGAGACUGCGUCGAUCCUACAACGUACCACUGACCUCCUUCCCGCCCUCAAGACUCUUCCCGACGAAAGCAAGAACCGGGGUGUUGAUGUGUUGAGGGAGUGUGCGGGGUUGAGACCGUCUAGGGAGGGAGGGGCGAGGGUCGAAAAGGAAAGGAUUGGGGAGGGGUGGUUGGUGCAUAAUUACGGGGCCGGAGGGACGGGGUACCAGGCUGGGUGGGGGAUGAGUGUCGAGGCGGCCGACUUAGUUUUGGGUAUUUUGGGAGAAAAGAGCAAGCUCUAG